AUGGGCAGACUCUUACAGAUCCCAUUAUCCCUGCUAAUAGCCUUUUCCUUGGUGAUAAAGGCCCAGGAGAAUCCGGGAGUAUGGAGAAAAUUCAUUGAUAUUGAACAGGACCAUGCAUUUUUCCCAGAGACCCUUCAAUUUUCCAUAAAGCAGUACAACAAACACAGCAAUGAUGAGUACCUCUAUCAGAUGACCCAGUUGAUUCGAGCCCAGGAGCAGUUGUCAACGGGAUUUGAGUACCUCAUAGACAUGGAACUCAGCCGGACCAUGUGUAGAAAAGAUAUAGACUUUGAUCCCAUUAACUGUAGCCUUCAAGAGGACCCAGAAUUGUAUAAGGUCAUCAACUGUACUUUUUUCAUUUUUGCUGUACCUUGGAAUGGACAAUAUGAGCUGAGGAGCAGUAACUGUACUAAUAUUUAG